UUCCACUUCAUAGCAGCUGGGUAUUUUUCAAUCCACAGUGGCUUACAGGUGAAAGAGAUCUUUCUGUACUUCUGUGUUCUGAUGCAAAAGAUCUCAGUGUAUGAUUGCGUUGAACCAUUAGGCUUCCCUUGUGCUGCCAAGUGUCUCUCACCACAUGCCAUUGCCUACCUAUCAGACUAUAAAUGACACAUAAAGACCAGCUUCCCACCCAGGCGUAGCUCAACUGGAACACUUGAAUAAGGAAGAAUCAGCAGCUCAGAGAGAGAGAGAGAAGCUGAAAAACCAGGUGAGUUAUCUUCCCCCUUCUGAUCUCUUUGACUCUCCAUGCUGGCCUUUGAAUGGCAGCUAUAUCUCCAAAGUGAGCAGCACACGAACAAUGGGGUACCUUUGCGUCUCAAGGACCAGCUCCCCAACAAAUAAAAGAGUUGAUAAAUCUAUAAAGUGAAAUGAUUUGAUCUUGAGGGUUUGUAACUCCUUACUUUUUUCUGUUUACCUUUACUUUAUUCUAUCUGGGUGAGAUAAUGAGUGUUUUUUCUGUUAGAAAGAAAGACAAAGCCUCGCCUCCUGACCGAUGGAUAGAGGAAACUCAGCCUAGCAAUUGUGUGUUUUCUGUCUCCAGAAGCAGAUGCAGCCUUCCUCUGACCCCAGGCUCAGCCUCCUUUGCACCUGCCUUGUUCUCAUAUGGCAGCUCUCCUUUGGCUUCGCAAUGAAAAUAAAAAAAGCAGAAAACCCCUACGGUCUCAAUGGUAAGGUAUCAUUUCAUCUCAGAGGUGGUUGAUGUCUCCUUAGAGAAAGAGCAGCUUCUGGCAGCAUUAGAAAACCAAUUGCAGAUCCAUUGGCAUUUUUGCCCAACCUCUCGUGUGCCAUUUUGGUUAAAUUAUCAGAUCCAGCAAUUCUAGCCAGUCUUGUUUCCUAGGAUAAAAUAGUUUCCUAGGAUAAAAUAGUUGUAUCCCUUUCUGAAGAGGUGAGUUUUAGCCACUGUGAUCCAUGUGCUGGUCUUGGUCCAGGCUAGACUACUGUAAUGUGUCGUGUGUGGGUCUGGCCCUGUAGACUGUUUGGUUCAAAAUGACAGGAUCCUGUUCUGUUUACAGCACACAGCUUGAAUAGCACUUAGAUCGUACCAGUUUUAAUGUCUCCCAGUGCACUUCAACGUGCUGACUCUAACCUUCAGGCCACUGAAUGGGAUGGACCUAUGAAAUCUGUGGACUUGUUUGUGACUGUAUCCUCUUCCUUGCACAGACGUUCCAGAUGGAUACUGGUCUGUCCACCAUCUUCAUCUGUCAGUAGGUCUUUUCUGAGGUGGCUCCACACCUUUGGAACCUGCACCGUCAGUAUAGUUGCAGUGACCAGCUACACUUUUCAGAAUCAUUCUGGGUUUAGUAGUAUUUAUUUCCUAGUGGUUUUUUUAUUGUUGGUUGAAAUCAGAUUAUCUAUUGCUGUUAUUCUCAUUAGCUUUCCUUGGCUGGAAAAUUGGCAGGUAAAUAAUUUAAUACAAUGAAAAUAUUAUAUGUCAUAUUGGGCACCAAGAAAGUGGAGGACCCCAUGACCUGGGACGUCUUUGAGGACGUUCAAUUUCCCUUUGGCUUUUAUGACACCCCAAAAAUAUUUUAUUUCCACUGUUUCAUGUGCUGACGUGACCAUGUUGAAUGCUAAUGUUCUCCCUCUCUGUUACCUCAAGGCUGCCUCCGGGGCUGGAAAAGAGAAAUGGAAAGCUGCUAUCAUGUCUUUUCCAACCGGCUAACAUGGCACGAGGCAGUGGUAAGAGGGGCCUAUAGGUGCUUUGAGUGGGUCCAGAAAGAGCAAGGGCACAAAACACAAGAUAUGUUUGAGAGUCUCUGCAGAAGACCUGUUAUGAAUUUCAAUCCCAUGGCCAUGAUCUUUAUCCCAGGAGGCCAUCUUUUGCAUCUCAAGAGCUGAUGAGAUGUCAUUUAGGCAUCUGAAGUGAGGCCUUGGGCAACCAGCUCAGUUCAUCAGUUUAUCGUUCUUCUCAGAUUCAGAUGAGGCUGAGGAAGCUCAGGACCAUUGCCUGGAACCACUAGGGGGCUGGAUGAGGGCCACCAGGCUGAAACUCAAUCCUGGAAAGAUACAGGUUAUGUGGGAUAGUGAUUGGAUAGAUACGCUGUUCAUAGGCUGGAAGUAGGCAGGCCUUCUUUAAGAUGGCUUGAGAUGGUGGGCUCAUCAUCCCAGAAAAGACCCGUUGGCCCCAAAGGUUGGAGUACUUACUCAGGUUUGAUGAAGGCUCCAGCAUGUUCUGCUUUCAAAUGAGUCUCCAGGGACAGGUAGGUUCAUAAGCAACAUCAUUUUAUCAGGAACAACUUGGAGAACCCACCAUACCUUAGAGACGAAGUGAGCAAGAUCCCCAACACCCACUGAACACACAUUUGAAGAACACGAACUUCCCCUAAGAAUCCUGGGAACUGUAGGUUACUGUCCGCAGGGCUACAGUCCCCACGGUUCUUGGGUAUAACCUACAUGCUCUGAAUGUUUACUAAAGGUGCUUGAAAUGUAUGUUGUGGGGGUCACUGAAGCCCGCCAGGGAAAUAACAGCCCUGUCAGCACCCUGAGGGAUGCUAUCUGAUGCACACAGCUAGUCUGCUUGCACUGCUCUGAACUCAAGCCUGCCCUGUCAAAUCAACAGCAGAGAUACAGCAGCAGAGCCAGCGGCCCAUGGGACAAGGCCAGCUGGGGCAGGACUCUCAGGUGAGCCUCCAAGGAGUCUGCCUGUCUCCUCCCAUUCAGCCACCCUACAGCUGGUGGGGAGGUGGUGGGCGGACCGUUUGGGGCAGCGCAGAGCCUGUGGACACCCAAGCCACCACGUCACUCCCAGGAGAGAUGCAUGGCUCAGGCGCACUACAGGCCCCGUGGUGAGUGCUGCCUGGCAUUUUGUCACCCCCCUCAGAGGUGACACCUGGGGCAGCCCACACCCACCGCAGAGAUGCCUCUGCUAUGGGAGGGCAAUUUUCUGGCAUUCUCCUACUAUGUCCCAAUAAGCCAAGUGGAUCCCAAUAGAUUAGGCCUUCUACCCUGUACUGUUCCUCCUUCCGGGAAGGAAUAUAUUAACAGAUCAACACAGCUACCUGCACUUUUUCAUUCUUUCAAGGCAAGGCUUUUAGCUCUCCUUGGGGACAGGUUGGCUGUUGUGUUCAGCUUCUGCACAAACAUAAAAUGACCACUACGCCACCGGACAUGCCCCAAGCAUGCUGCAUGCUGGAUCUGGCAGCCUUAAAACUGCACAUGAAAUUCAUUAGAUGGGCAUGAUGGGGAGAAUUUGCCUUUGAAGCACAUUUGAAUGAGAGCCACUCCAUUUAGCAUGUCCUGAAAUAACACACAUCGAAACAGAGGUAUCAUUUGAAAUUUCGUUCUCCCCAAAAAUACGUUGAACAAACAUACAGUGAACAAAUAUACAGUGGUACCUUGGGUUAAGUACUUAAUUCGUUCCAGAGGUCCGUUCUUAACCUGAAACUGUCCUUAACCUGAAGCAAAACUUUAGCUAAUGGGGCCUCCUGCUGCUGCUGCACCACCGGAGCACGAUUUCUGUUCUCAUCCUGAAGCAAAGUUCUUAACCCGAGGUAAUAUUUCUGGGUUAGCGGAGUCUGUAACCUGAAGUGUAUGUAACCUGAGGUAUCGCUGUAUAAGAGAAAGUGUACCAGCUUGCCCCUGUGAUUGAGGGGGCCAGGAUUGUGCAUCAUGGUGAUUCCAUGCAGGUAAGUUCCUAAUGUCUGUCGGGAUUCACAGAAUGUUGUGUGAGAUAGUAAGUCUGCAGGCUUGAGUUUGCUAGCUGAUGCAACUGGCUGAUGCAAUCAGCCUGCAAUACUUUCUAUGGAGGUGCUGGGUCAGAAAGACUCAGCAGUAAUGUGCUGUCAGUUGAUCGGCUGUCAUUGGUUUAAAAGGGAAACCUGUCCAGCAGUAAAGUGGUGGUGUAGAGGAGUGUGGUCAGAGAGAGAGUUAGAGGUCUUUCUAUUUGUCUUAAUACCUGCAGCCAGGUACUCUGACUUUAUGAACUGCCCGUGUGUUAUAGCCUGUAGAUAUUUGUAUAUAUAAAAGGUAAAGAUAAAGGGACACCUGACUGUUAGGUCCAGUCACGGCCGACUCUGGGGUUGCGGUGCUCAUCUCGCUUUAUUGGCUGAAAGAGCCGGUGUACAGGUUCUGGGUCAUGUGGCCAGCAUGACUAAGCCGCUUCUGGCGAACCAGAGCAGCGCACGGAAACGUCAUUUACCUUCCCGCCGGAGCGGUACCUAUUUAUCUACUUGCACUUUGACGUACUUUAGAACUGCUAGGUUGGCAGGAGCAGGGACCGAGCAACGGGAACUCAUCCCGUUGCGGGGAUUCGAACCACGGAGCUUCUGAUCAGCAAGCCCCAGGCUCUGUGGUUUAACCCACAGCGCCACCCGUGUCCAUUUGUAUAUAUAGCUCACAAUAAAUAUACUGCACUGAAGAACCUGGAACUCUGAGCAUUUCUGCUAAAGCGCCGCGGAGAAUUCGCGACAAUGUCAUGCAUGCAUGCCAUGCAGCAUGCUGACGUGUUUUGCACACAACAUGCAGUGUAUGUGAGUGAGGUAAGCACAUUAGGAGGCAUGCACGCACAGACACCACAGAAUUUUGACGGGGCCUGGCCACUUCCUUGAUUUGUGGGGCUCUUGGCUUGCCACCCCCCAGUUGGCGCCACUGUAUUAGAGAAAAUUGUAGAUAAAGUGUGUUAUUGAAAAUAACACCCAAAAUAACACCCAAAGCUGCAGUAUAUCAGGGGAAAUUGCAAACAAUGUUUUUAUACUGGUAUAAAAUGAGCUCAAGAUUUUGGUCACAACAUCCCUAUGGAUGUUAGAUAUGAAGUUCACUGCAUGUUACGCUUUGAAAGAAAAUUUUAUGAAGAUGCAAUUCCACUGUUCUUGUGCCAUCAAGACUAUCUAAAAUGUAUAAAAACACCUCAAGUAAAUGGUGGAGAUGUGGGGAAGCGGAAGGUACAAUACUACAUAUAUGGUGGAACUGUAAGAAAACAGAGGAAUUUUGGGAGGUAAUCUAUAAUGAGCUCAAAAAGGUGUUUAAGAUUUCCUUUAUUUAAAAAAACAUUAGCUUGGGAAUAUUUUGUCCAGACAUACCUUAGAAAGCAAGGGAAAUAUUCUUGUAUGCCGUGGUAGUUGCAAGAAUGUUGAUCGCUAUGAAUUGGAAAGGUGAAAAAAUUCCAACUAAACUGGAGUGGCAAAGUAAAUUAAAUGGUAGAUACAGGAUGAGGUAACGAUCAAUCAACAUAGAUAUAAGAAGAAUUUAUUGUUAUCUGAGGUAACAAUUACAACUAUUGUCUCUUUUUUCUGGAUAAAUUUUUUGUUUGCUGUUUCUUUUUAAUUUCAAUAAAGCACUAAAAAAUUCAAAAGAAAAUAACACCCAAAGCUGCAGUAUAUGAGGUGAAAUAGAAUUUUACAAGCUAGUAACAAGAAGAAAUUCCAAUCGGAAGGAAAUGAUAUUAUUGUCCAUAAGAUUAUCCCAAAUCGGUUGAUAAAAAAGAGAGAAGCUUACAGACCUCUGGCCGAGGCACUAAAGGCAAAGGCAGUGGACUAUAGGUGGGAGUACCCUGAAGGCAUCUCCUUUUUCUUUAAAGGGAAACGUAGAAAGUGCUUGUCGGCACUAGAUGCGGAUAAAUUCUGGAGAAAGUAUCGGAAAGAGCUCGGAGGAAAAAGGCAAUUGUUGGGAGAAUCAGAGGAAAUUGAACAAACAGUUGAGAGUUAGGAGACAGAUCUAAGAAGGGAAUUUACUAAACGUAGACUGAGACCUUGAAUGUGUAAUUUUUUUAUUUUAUUUUUUUAAACCCGUUGACGUAUCAUAAGAAAUAAAGUAUGGAUUAUAAAUUUAUUACUUGGAACAUAAAUGGUCUAAAUGAAAAAUCAAAAAGGAACAAGGUGGAACAUAUUCUGGUUAAGCAAAAAUAUGAUUUAAUCUGUCUGCAAGAAACCGAUGUAGCGGAAAAACAUAAAAGAGUGUUAAUAAAUAAGAGAUUGGGGCUUGAGUUUAUUACAUCAAGUAGAGAAAAAAAGAGAGGGGUGGUAAUCUAUGUAAAACCUCAGCUGGAGCCAAAACUGCUUUACAGUGAUGAAAAAGGUCGAACAGUGAUUAUAGAGGUUAAGAUCAAUAAUGAAAAAGUGAUAGUUAUUGGAAUUUAUGCACCAAAUGAAAGAAAAUCCGAAUUCUAUCAAUACCUGGGAGAAAAAGUCAUAGAAUAUUUAGGGGGGGAAAUUACAUUAUUAGGAUAUUUUAAUGGAGUAGUCAAUCCAAACAUGGACAGAACAAUAAAGAAGAAAGAAAAGAGGCAGAACAAACUCCCAACUACAUUUUUCCAAUUAAUAGAACUCCUGAAUUUGUUUGACGCUUGGAGGUUUAAGAAUCCAACGGAGAAAGAAUUUACACAUUAUUCAGAGCCACACAAAUCGGCGGGACGAAUCAACGCGAUCUGGACAACAAAGGAUUUAUUAAAUAAUAUUACAAAAGCAGAAAUUCAUCCAAGGACAAUUUCAGAUCACAGCGCGGUCUGGGUUAACUUUAAAGGAAAAGAAGAAAAGGUUAAAAGGUGGCAACUUAAUGAGAGUAUGCUAAAUGAUGAAAAAACUGUACAGAAGGCCAAGCAAAUCUUAGAAGAAUAUUUUAAGUUCAAUUUAAAUCAAGGAGUAGAUCUAGAGACGGUUUGGGAUGCGGGUAAAGCCGUCAUAAGAGGCUUCUUUAUCCAACAAAACGCAUUCCAAAGGAAAAUAAGGGAGAAGAAGAAAAUGGAGAUAUGGGAGGAAAUUAGAAAAAGGAAAGGAUCCUUUUCCAAAAACCAGAUGAUGAACUAAUUAAGCAAAGUAUAAAAAUUUUACAGACGCAAUUCUCCAUGAUAAUAAAUGAAGAGAUAGAAUGGAAGAUAAAAUGGCUGAGACAUAGAAAUUUUGAGUUUGCAAAUAAACCUGGCAAACUUUUAGACUGGCAAUUAAAGAAGAAAAAGGAAGAUAGAAUUAUCAAUAAAAUUAAAAUUGAAGACAAGUGGAUUCAAGAACCGAAGGAAAUUAGUAAAAACUUUGCUAGUUUUUUCGGAGAACUAUAUAAAGAAGGCCCAGAGACUCUAGAAAAAAUAAUUGAUUAUUUGGGCAAAAAUAAACUACCAAUAAUACCUAAGGAAAAAACUGAAAUCUUGAACUCACCAAUAACAGCUAUGGAGGUGCAACAAGCUAUACAGAGAUCAAAAGUAGGAAAGACACCAGGCCCAGAUGGUCUCCCAGCUAAUUACUAUAAAAGUUAGAACAAGCAUUAUUUCUUCCCAUGAAAGACCUAAUGAAUAACAUUUUGGCAAAUGGAAAGCUACCGAAAACCUGGAAGGACAGCUUUAUUACUCUUAUCCACAAACAGGGAACAGAUGCCUCAAACAUGGCCAAUUAUAGACCCAUUGCACUGCUAAACAACGAUUACAAGAUAUUCGCAGACAUUCUUGCAAAUAGAUUAAAAAUGGUGCUGAAAGAGAUAAUUCAUAAAGAUCAAACUGGAUUUCUUCCCGGACGAUUUAUGCAAUCCAAUAUUAGAUGUGUGAUUAAUGUAUUAGAAUAUUUGGAUAUUAAAAUUGAUAAACCAGCAGCUAUUAUGUUGGUGGAUGCUGAAAAAGCUUUUGAUAAUGUGUCCUGGAAGUUUAUGAAAAAAUUAAUGGAAGAAAUCGGACUGGGAGAAAAUAUUUGUAAAGGAAUAAAUGCCAUCUAUUCGGAACAAUAUGCAAAAUUGAUCAUCAAUGGAAGAAUUACUGAGGAGUGCAAAAUAAACAAGGGAACCAGACAGGGCUGCCCACUGUCACCACUGAUAUUUAUCUUGGUGAUGGAAGUCUUGAACAAUCAGAUAAGAAGGGAUCAGCUUGUUAAAGGCAUCACUCUGGGAAACAAAACAUAUAAAAUUAAAGCUUUCGCGGACGAUCUACUUGUUAUGACUGAAAACCCUAAAGAAAGUCUGAAAAGAGUGCUGGAAUUGAUUAAAGAAUUUGGAGAAGUGGCAGGCUUCAAGCUGAAUAUAACAAAAACAAAAAUGCUUGUUAAAAAUGUAACCACAGAAGAAAAGGAUGAUUUAGAAAAAAUAUUGGGCCUGAAAAUCUCCUCAAAAGCGAAAUACCUGGGUAUUUGGAUCACCCCCAAGAACAUAAACUUAUUUCAGGAUAAUUACACCAAAACUUGGUUAGAGAUUAGAAAAAACUUUGUAACCUGGAGUAAACUAAAAUUAACAUUUCUGGGUAGGAUUUCCAUUAUAAAGAUGAAUGUACUUCCAAAAUUAAUCUUUUUAUUUCAAAUGAUUCCAAUACUGGGCGAAGCAGGUUGUCUCAAGAUAUGGCAAAGAGAAAUUUCCAAAUUCCUGUGGGAAGGGAAGAAACCUAGGAUUAAACACCUGAUCUUAAUAGACAUAAAAGAGAGAGGAGGCUUUUCCCUACCCGACCUAAAACUUUACUACGAGGCAGCCUGUUUCACCUGGCUAAAAGAUUGGUGCACGUUGCAGGUUUCGGACCUCCUCGACCUGGAAGGUUUUGACAACCGUUGGGGAUGGCAUGCCUACCUAAUAUAUGUAAAAGCGAAAAUUCGUAAAAACUUUACCAACCAUAUAAUAAGAAAGUCACUCUUUGCUGUAUGGGAAAAAUAUAAAGACCUGAUGGAGCCUAAAGUCCCGUGGUGGACUUCUCCAGUAGAAGCCAUAGCAGUAAAACGGAAAAAUACUCAGGAAAGCUGGCCAACAUAUAAAAUACUUCUAAAAAUGAAGAUAGCCAAAUAAAAUUAAAAACUUUGAGGAAAUAAGAGACCACAUUUCAGACUGGUUCCAAUACCAUCAGUUAUUUGAAAAAUUUAAAUCUGACAAACAAAAGGGGUUCUCAACAGAAAUUUCCCGAUUCGAAUCUGAUCUUCUAAAUUCUAAAAGAAAAACUCUUUCCAAAACUUACCGACUCCUCCUUGACUGGACAGUCAAGGAGGAGGAGGUAACAGUGGCAAUGGUGAGGUGGUCCCAGGAUUUUGGCCACUCAAUAACCAUGGCCCAAUGGGAAAAUUUAUGGAAGAUCAAUUGGAAAUUCACAAAUUGUUACACGAUUAGAGAGAACUUUCAAAAAUGCAACAUCGAUGGUAUCUAACACCAUGGAAGCUUUCAAAAAUGUAUAAAAAUGUAUCAAGUAAUUGUUGGAGAUGCGGAGACUUAGGAACAUUCUACCAUAUGUGGUGGAUAUGUAGGAAAAUACAGGUAUUCUGGGAGAGUAUACAUGCAGAACUGCAAAAAUGCUAAAGAUCUCUUUCAAUAAAAAACCAGAGGCCUACCUCCUGGGAAUAACAGAUUUGGAUAUUCCACAAAGGAGGAAGGGUAUCUUUUAUAUGCGACGGCGGCAGCAAGAGUUUUGAUCGCAGCAAAAUGGAAGAGUAAUGAAAUCCCCUCUAUUCAAGAUUGGAUCCAAAAGCUGACAGAAUAUGCUGAAUUAGAUGGUUUAUCAGAAAAAUAAAAAUAAAUCAAAACAGGAAUUUGUUUCUAAAUGGGAGGUUUUUAAAGAAUAUCUGAAAAAUAAAUAUAGUAGUUUAAAUUCUGUUGCAGCAUUCGAGGAACUUCAGUAAUAGUUGCAAGGUAGAUAUAAGAAAUUAGAUUUAAUGAGAAUAAGUUUAAUUAUGAAAAAAGUGUAUUGGCAAUAAGUAAUAUGAAUUUGAAGUAUGGAAUAGACGGGAGGUUGGGUCUUUAGUGUUAAGACCAAUAGAUGUUUUAUUGUUUGCUAAGAAUAUUAAGUGUCUAUGGUUAUUUUUGUAAUUUGUGUGUAAUUCAGUAUUUGUGUUUUUUGUUUGUUUGUUUUUCUUGUUGUAUAAAUCAAAUUUUUUUAAAAAAAAACACACCCAAAGCUGCAGUAUAUGAGGUGAAAUUGCAAACAAAUGUUUUUAUACUGGGGCAAUGUCCACUCAAAUGCUGCUCAGUUCUCCCGAGAACUUUUCUUUUUAUAAACAAAAUCACAAACUGAAAGUGGAGAAUCUAAUUAAAAAUCAGACAAUGAAGAAACUGAGCGAGACACAAAUGGGGAUAUUGCACCGUGCUGGAUCUCAGUUGGCCCAACAAAGCUUGCAUUUCAAGCAGUCACAUGUCCGGAGCUGGAUUUCCACAUAUUGCGACUGCAAUAGUCAACCUUGAGCCUGACUUUGAGGAGAAUUCAAAGGUAAGUGUAGUUGCAUAAAACUCAUUCUUCUUUCCACCUCUCAGAAAACCUGCCGUGUAUUUGACAUGACUUCUGAGCUUGUCUCUAUCCGUGAAGCAACAGAACUGGAUUUAUUGGCUGAAGACCUUAAAAGAUCGAUGGAACUAAGUGUCUGGAUUGGAUUGUCAGACGAGGAUAGGGUGAGUCUCCAAGGCCUUCUCCUCCUCCUCCGUCAGCACUGUUGGAGCUGAUAGUAAAUGAAUUCAGUGGGAAGAUUCUUCUAUGGGGCUUCCCCAGCUGAUGUCCUCAAAAUGUUAUGAGAAGGUUCUCUGGACUCAACAUACUUGAGUCCAAAACAGUCAUGGUGGGCUCCUGGCUGAUGUCCUGCAACGCAAAUAAUGUUGUCUGUGGUUCGUUUGGGUAGAAUCAUCAAGGAGCGUGUUGUGUCCUUGGAAGUGUCUCCUUGUGAUCUGUUCUUUCUAAAGAGCAUACCAACUCUCUUGUCCCUGCAGGAUGGAAAUUGGAAGUGGACAGAUGGCUCUGCUGCUGAGUUCUUACCAUGGGCUGAGGGAGAACCUAAUAAACAUGGCAUCAACUCAUGUGCCUCCUUGUUUCGUGGGGACGGUAAGGAGUCCGCUCUCAGGGCUGGUGCUUUGGAGCUGCCAUGCUCAAUGCAAUGUGGGUUGCAGUAUUUUCUAAAUUUCUACUGAGGGUAUGAGAUGUGCUCCUUGCCUGCUCUUUGGCCAAGAGGUCGUGAGUGAAGGACUUCCUUUAGAGCCCUUUCAUCUGUUAGAUAGAAAUAUUUCCAAGCUGCCUUACAAGAAUCUAGCCUUCCCAAGCAUAGCUGUCAACUUUUCCCUUUUCUUAUUAGGAAUAAGGGAAUUUCCCUUUAAAAAGGGGAAACAUUGACAGCUAUGUUCCCAAGGUGGCUCAGACUGACAGGGAACACCAUCCUAAUCCACUUUUGCUUUCUACUCAAGGUCCUCCCCAUAGAUGCCACCACCCACCUUGGCCAAUUUAGUAUUGGAUGAGUGGCUUGGUUUCUUUUGAAUGGGAGCAGAAGAAAGGACAUUCCCUGUGGCCACCGUGGGGUGGGGGUACAUGUGUUUUGAGGGUGUUGGGGUCCCAACAGCAGCAGCAUGCCAAGGAGCUCCUGGUGUCUGCUGUUGACUCUGCCUAAGACCAUUUCUCUGUGUUUUUCCAGGUUUUGAGAAAUUUAGAGCAGAGAGCUGCAAGAAUGUAGAGUCCUAUGUUUGCAAACAUAGGCCAAAUUACGGAUCCUCCUGACCUGUUCGCUCUCCCUGGCUGACCCCAUCAAAUCUCAGAAGCUUCCAUCCAACGCUGUCUUUCUACCUGCGCCUUUUUCAGAAUAUGAAAACGUCAGAGGUCCCCUGCUGCCCCAUUCCAGUGGCCCAUCUAUUUCAGCGUCCUGCUCUCACAGUAGCCUGCAAUAGAUCUAAUUGAAUCAUGCAAGUAGCAAGAGCCCCCUUCUCUGGGAGCUCAGGAUGAAGAACCUUUGGGGUCCACCAACGUCAGGAGGACAAAAGUCUCCCCUUCCCUAAUAGAUGCCUCAGCCCAUUGUGAAUUUAAACACAUGCCCCUGAAACAGCAGUCAAUUACUUCCCUUUAUUACUUCCUGCCCCUCCCAACUCACAUGUCUCCAAUAUCCUGAUUCAGAUUGCAUUUAGGACAUUCAACUGGUCUCUUUUACUGUGCAAAGAACCAAUGCACUUUUAUGGCAGUGUCUUCUAGAGCCCUGGGAAGGGUGUAGACUUGAAAGUCGAUUAAUGAAAGCAACCCCUCUGCAGAGGAGAAAUGACUGUUUGCAGGUGCAGCUUGAAUUCAAACCACACCUGCAAAAAGACAAAGUGGGACUUGCAGCCAGCCCCCUUGCAGCUGUGCUCUCAGCGCAAACCAGCUGCUUGUUGCUGAAAGAGUGUCUCUAAAGGGGCUUGGGUCCAGCACUAAUUAGAUGAGAGCAAGGCAGUAGGACGUUCCCUAUGGGGCUUGCUCUUAGCACCGAUCAGUGGUGAAGAGGAGGGCCUCUGAGGUGCACUUUCCAAUCUGUAAGAGAAAUCUAUGGGGGGGAAUCUGUAAUGCAACCAACUCAAGGAGUGCUUGCUAUCCCCAAGUCCUGCUUGCAAAGGAUUAAUUAGGAGCUCACUUUCUGCUCCCACUUGUCCCAUAGGAUUACCUGCUCCACACCUAACACUGGAUCUACUGGACAAUGAGCAGAAGAAGGAACCCUCCUCUGCAGAUCCCUAACCUUUAAGUCAUUCUGAUAAGGAAACAUAACUGUCUAUAAUGUGUGGAUGCCUCUACAAAUAUGCUGCAGAAAUAAAUACUUCUAUAUUGCAUCAGC